AUGUUCAGAACUCAGAAUAUACGUCAAACAAUAUUCAUAAACGGUGAAUAUUUCCUCAACAACGGGCUUCAAAAAGUGUUUUUAUUCAAUUGUUGCUUCUACCUAAUUAAUGUGUACACAUUUUCAGUUGAUGUGAAAUUACCGUUCACGGCUGAAGUGUUCCUGCAGAACAUGAUCACAUGCACUGGAUAUCUUCUAGUCAUUAUAUGGGUGUUUCCGGCGUUUCUAGUCGCUUGCGUUCCACUUAUGGCCAUAUUUUUGCUUUUCGUGACUUGCUUCCGUGCUGGAAUCAGAAGUUUAAAACGAUCCGAAAAUAUAUCUCGGUCGCCGCUUUUCGACCACAUCACUACUACUAUUGAGGGUUUGGCUUGUAUUCAUUCCUAUGGCCAAGCGACGCGGUUCAUGGAAACGUUAAAGCAUUACUUGGAUGCAAACAGUGAAAAGCACCCUUAUUUACGGAUUAUGUCGAAUGUGCACUACGUGUUAUAUUACAGCGGUGCUGUGUUCAUGUUCCAGUCUGCAAUGAGGUGGUUAGCAGUGUGGUUAGAUCUGCUGGUGGUAAUGAUCACCUCAAUCGUCGCUUUCUUUAUUGUAGUUCUCACCGGUACUCUUUCACCGGCCGAUGCUGGCAUGGCGCUUGCCUUUGCUGUACAAAUGAGUGGCAUUUUUCAAUUCGCCGUUCGAACGCAAACAGAGCUGGAGGCGAAAAUGACAUCAGUUGAACGUGUUGCUUAUUAUUCUGAAAAUAUUCCUCCAGAGGGUGAAUGGGAAACUGCCAAAGGAGUCGAUGUGCCAAAAGAAUGGCCUCAGAAUGGACAGAUCAAUUUCCACAGUGUAAAGUAUGUUUAG